AUGGCGACAUUUCCAUCAUCUUCGGCUGCUAAGCUAUCAGCGGUCCAGUCACAGGUACCUGCUGCUUCUAAGAAGUCGCUCAAAGACGUGUAUCCGAAAAUAAUUGCCUUCGAACUCGACAAUGUGCUAUGGCCAGGCAACUUAGACCAGGGGAGCGCAACGAAAACCCCUCAGGAGAAGCAGCCGUCCGGUUAUCUCCUGGAAACGGUGCGCAUCCUGAUAGACGUAGUAGAUGCCCAAUCAAAGGUUAUCAUUAUUUCCAGGGGCAGUUACGACGCUAAAUUGACGGCGCAGCUACAGGACUUAAAGUACGGCUUCGAGAGAUUUGCACGCCGCCGUGCCAUCAUUCCCGACUUCCCUAUCCUAGACGGAAUGAUAUUUCUAGAGGAUAAAAUAUCGAUGGCAAAAUCUAUCGAUACUGUGUUGGCGGCACUAGAUAAGGCGGAUGAGCCAGUUCAUGUAACGGAUAUACUCAUGUUCGGCAAUUCACCUUCGAACAUUGAAGUUGAGGUUGAGAGAGAUAUCGCGUUCCAACUCUCGGACCACGAGAUUAUGAAUGACAAGGACGUGAGGAUGCUUGGGGGGCUGUCGAUGAACAGAUAUAACCAUGGGCUAGAAUACUGGCGUAGGAUGCGCCUGUUCCAUCAGAGGGUCGGGCCGAUACCGAAAGAGCCUAUCCCCCAAGCAAGGUUUUAUGUCAUCGGCUACGCUGCCAUGACGAACCCCGUAGUGGAGUAUGGAAAUGCCCGAGGUAUACAGAGGCCGCACAAUGAAUUGACAGUUUCGGAUACUGUCCCUGGAAUCGUCGAGAUCGGCAUUCGUACCGACCAGAUCGAUCUUUGGAUUGAAGAAGUGCAAAAGCUGUGGAUUCAUGAAAUCCCCGUGCCAAACUCAGCUACAGCUUCCAGUCAUAUCUCGAGUAGACUGUUUCAGGAUCUUGGCCUAGGAGGGCAUUAUGUUCCAGAAUUCGGAGUACCGGCACCUCUCGGGCCGGAUGGGAUACCCAGGAAAGCAUCUGUCAGACCGGCUGACCAACUCAAGGCACUCCGCGAUGCACGGGUCAACUACGAUUUUAAAGUCCAGCGCGCGCAGAAAGGGGCAAUAUCCUCUCCUCAUGUCACAUUCAACAGCUUAUCCACAGAGAGCCACACAAUCUUUGCGAAGACUCAGCAGACAAGCCAGAUGAUCAUCCCCCAUCAUCUACAUCGAAUGCUUUUCGCCGGCAAGCAAGUGUGCAACGGGAACUUCAACGUACCGCAGGCCGGUGUAAAUCCCAGCAACGUGACCCCAUAUCACGAGCUCAAAAUAAAGUGGCACAUUAAACAGGUUUCAGGCUCAGGACAGGACUAA